AUGACGGUUUGCGGCAUUCUAAGGAAGCAGGCAAGUAUAACGGCUAGGAACAGAUGCCGGUUCUUUUCAGUACAUCGGUCCCCAUUAUUCAAUACACAUAUUAAAAAUGAUGAAAAGACUGUAUCUUCCCAUAACCGCCUUCAUCGUAGGAAUAAUCAUCGAAAACGGAGCAAAGAAAUGACCGAGUUGAAUUUCCAAGAACUCUAUCAUAUUCGAUCAAAUAUCCAGCAUUUGAUCCAAGAUUAUUCUUCGUAUGAGAUUCCAAAGAUCGAUUGGGCAUUUCUUCUGCAAUAUCGUGGCCCGCUUCAGGAUAAUGAGAAGUAUUUCCUCACGAUUAAGACGUUGAACCUGUUAUUGACGUUGACAUGCCAUAGAUUGGCAUCUCUACAAGAAUUACCUUAUAUCGCUUUAGUGAACCCAAAUAUUGAACAAUCUAAUCGGCUUUAUUUAAAAACUUUAGAAUCACUUCUAAGCAUUGAGUAUCCAUACGAUCUGUAUGACACAGAUAAAAUUCAAAAUCUUACAGAGGAAUUCUUGAAUGAUCACCAGGAUACGUUACUUACGUUAUCAAAUGGGUUGCAGGAAGUGAGCCGUUUUUAUGAUCCAGAAAACAUAUUCAAGUUUUUGAAUAAGCAUUUACAUGACAGAAUAUUGAUGAAGUUGUUGACUACCAACUAUUUGAAGCUCUUGGAACAGACUUCUUCCGAUGAGGUCAUUGGCGUCAUCCAUAAAGAUUUGCAUAUAUCUGACUUAGUUACAAGAACGAACGAAUUUGUUAACGAUUUGACAUUUAUCAAAUACGAUAAGACCGUUCCAGUGAAAAUUAUGGAAGGGUCUGAUGUGAAAUUUUCAUAUAUACCUACGGAUCUAGAAUACGUCCUUCAAGAAUUGCUUAAGAACAGCUCGAGAGCACAUAUUGAAAACAACGUUGACAAAGAUGUGGAAGUAACAAUAGUGAAAAACGACGAUCAACUUGAGAUCAGAAUCAGAGACUUCGGAGGCGGUAUAGAUCCACAGGUAGAAGACCGAGUCUUUGAUUAUUCUUUUUCCACAACGGUGAAGGAAGAGAAGGACAGCGGUAUGAGCGAUUAUGUUUUACCUGGUCAAGAAGUCCAAAACGUUGCAGGUAUGGGAUUCGGACUUCCAAUGUGCAAAGCGUACCUAGAGUUGUUCAAUGGUACACUUGACAUUCAGUCAUUGUGGGGAUGGGGUACUGAUGUUUAUAUACGAUUGCACGGUCCAUCGGAUAGACUAUUCGACAAAUGA